UUGUUCAUCUUUGACGGCCUGGAUGAAAGCAGACUUUCACUGGAUUUCAGAAACAGGAAGGUCGUGUCUGAUGUCUCACAGAAGUCAUCUGUCAACGUGCUGCUGACAAACCUAAUCCAGGGGAAUCUGCUUCCCUCGGCUCUGGUCUGGAUAACUUCCCGACCUGCGGCAGCCAAUCAGAUCCCUCCUGCAUGUGUUGACAGGGUAACAGAAGUACGAGGCUUCACUGACGCCCAGAAGGAGGAGUACUUCAGGAGGAGAUCCAGUGAUGAAGAGCUGUCCAGCAGAAUCAUCUCACACAUCAAGACAUCCAGGAGCCUCCACAUCAUGUGUCAGAUCCCAGUCUUCUGCUGGAUCUCUGCUACAGUUCUGGAGCACAUGUUGACCACAGAGCAGAGAGGAGAGCUGCCCAAGACCCUGACUGACCUGUACUCACACUUCCUGCUGGUUCAGACAAAGAGGAAGAAGCACAAGUAUGAUGAGGGACAUGAGACGAGUCCACAGGAGCUGAUGAAGGCUGACAGGAAAGUUCUUCUGAAGCUGGGGAGGCUGGCGUUUGAACAUCUGGAGAAAGGAAACAUCAUGUUCUACCAAGAAGACCUGGAGCAGUGUGGUCUUGAUGUCACAGAGGCCUUGGUUUACUCAGGAGUUUGUACAGAGAUCUUUAAAAGAGAGAGUGUGAUCUUCCAGAAAACAGUCUACUGCUUUGUUCAUCUGAGCAUUCAGGAGUUUCUGGCUGCAGUCUACAUGUUCCACUGUUACACAGAGAGGAAGACAAGAGAGCUGAGGACUUUCCUGGGACAAGAUGACAAACACUGGGACACAAAAUCUUUUAUCAGUAAAACUUUAAAGCAUUCUGAAAACAAUCAAAGCAGCUACCCAUCACUCGAUGUCCUCCUGAGGGAUUCCAUGGAGAAAUCCCUCCAAAGUAAAAAUGGCCACCUGGACCUGUUUGUUCGCUUCCUUCAUGGCCUGUCUCUGGAGUCCAACCAGAGACUCUUAGGAGGCCUUCUGGGUCAGACAGAGAACAGACCAGAAAUCAUCCAGAGAGCCAUCAACAACCUCAAGGAGAUGAACACAGAUGAUAUCUCUCCUGACAGAAGCAUCAACAUCUUCCACUGUCUGAUGGAGAUGAACGACCGCUCAGUACAUCAGGAGAUCCAAGAGUUCCUGAAGUCAGAGAACCGAUCAGAGAAGAGACUCUCUGAGAUCCACUGUUCAGCUCUGGCCUACGUUCUGCAGAUGUCAGAGGAGGUUCUGGAUGAGUUGGACCUGGAGAACUACAACACAUCAGAGGAGGGACGACGGAGACUGAUCCCAGCUGUGGGGAACUGCAGA